AAAUUCCCCCUCCCUCCUCACAUUACUCACCUGUGUGACCGCCAUGACGGUGCUCCUCCGAUUCGCCGGUUGCCACGAGUGUCUGCAGCGUUAAUCGUGCGCAAGUUUCUGUGUGUAACUGAUUGCAGAGACAACAGGUGAACAUAGUUCGAAACGUCAAGUGGUGCGUCGGGAGGAUCAGGGGAAAAGCUUUCCCGGUUCAUCGAAUUUUCAACUUUAAAAUUAAUUAAAUUCGCAACAUGCAUCAUCAAGAGAAUGCGUCGCCUUACAAUCCCACGACUGAGCCGAUCCCUCAACCAGGUGGUGGAGUCGCCUACACGCCGGCACAACCAGUCAACAUUCAACCAGGUGCUUCUGUACACGUGUUCACCACCACUCCAAACGUGGGUCCUGAUCCUUGCAUGGUUACCUGUCACGUGUGCGGCCAGAAGGGUGUCACCAGAACGGAGAGAGGAGCUAGUGGCAGGACACACUUGAUGGCCCUUGUCCUUUGCCUAGUUGGAUGCUGGUGCUGCGCGCCGUGUGUCUACUGCGCGAACAGCUGUCUGGCAACAAAACACUUUUGCCACAAAUGUAACUCUUUCGUUGGAGUAUACAACGAGCAGCUCUUUUAAGCGACAUUUUGAGCCAAGAUUUUCUUUUCUGUAUAUAUUUAUUUCGUAUUCAAGGAGUAACGGGUGAGAAUAAAUUUACCUACGAGACCAGCAGGUUUUAUUAUAUACACAUACCGUCACUGUCUGGUUGAGUUUUCGACCGAUUAUGAAAUUACAAUGAUAUCAAACUAUCAUUUGACUUCGUUCCCGUUUAUACGUACUGUCUGUGUAUAAAUUACAUACAUGUAAAAUGUAACUGUCAUACGUACGGGUACGUGAAUUCGAAAACAUCUGCUAAUGAAAAUUGUAAAUACGGUUCAUAUCUAUU